AUGAAAAAAAAAAUACAUGAGUGGAUAUCAAAAAAGGAAACUAAAAGAAAAAAAAAUGAAUUGACUGCUGCAUUGCCAAAGAUAACUGGAUAUUUUAAUAGUAAUAAUUGCGAUUUAUUACCAAUUAAUAAUGAUAAAAUUGAUUCAACUGCAAAUGAGGCAGAAUUACAAAUACCUGUAAAAUGUGAUUCUGCUCCUGAAAGUGUUGAAUUGAACGAUUAUAAUGUAAAUUCAUCUUCAUAUAUUGAUCCAUAUUACUGGCCAAGUGAAGUUCAUAAUAAAUUCCUACAAUUUUGUGUAGAUAAAGGACCAGAAUUCUUCCAAAAUAAAAAUAAUAAUUUUAACCAAUCUGCCCGUUGUGAUGAUAAAAAUCACACAAGACAUCUAACCAAUGGAAUGUUUGUACGAACACUGUCUAAUGGUGAAAAAUGUCAUCGGCAAUGGAUGUUAUAUUCUCCCAGUCAAGGAAGUAUUUUCUGUUUCAUGUGCAAAUUGUUUGGAAGUAAUCGAUCAAAAGACAAUCCAUUUGUCUGCAGUGGAUUUGAUAAGUGGAAAAAAAGUGAAAGAAUCACUCAACACGAAAAUAGUAUAGAUCACAGAAAUGCCACUACAAAAUGGUUAUUAAGAGUAAAUUCAACUAUUUUAAUUAAUAAAGAAAUGCGUAGACAAAUCUCUGUGGAAACUGAAUAUUGGCAAGAAGUAUUAAAGCGUGUAAUUUCUGUAAUCAAGUUUCUUGCUUCAAGAGGCUUACCAUUUAGAGAACUUAUUUCAGAACAUGAUCCUUUUUUAAAAAAUCAUAUUGAAAUGCAUGGUAACAAAGGUAGUGGACAUCCAUCAUACCUUUCAAAAACUAUUUGCAACGAAAUAAUUAAUCAAAUGAAUACAGAUCUUACUAAUCUUAUUAUAACACAAAUAAAAGAAGCCAAGUAUUAUUCAAUCAUAAUGGAUUCCACACCUGAUUUAUCCAAAACUGAUCAAAUGGCCAUAGUUCUAAGAUAUUGUACACCAACUAGUAUCAACGAACGACUAGUUGAGUUAUGUCCAUUUGAUAAUCAUAAAGGUCAGUCAUUAUAUUUUAUAUUAGAAAAUUAUUUAAAGAGUGUUGGACUAAAUAUUGAAGACUGUAGGGGCCAGUCUUACGACAAUGCUGCUAAUAUGAGCGGCAAGUAUGAAGGUUUACAAAGUUAUGUGAAAGAUAAAAAUAAUUUAGCUGUCUAUAUUCCAUGUACUGCCCACUCAUUAAAUUUAGUUGGUGUGCAUAGUGUAGAUUGUUGCAUUGAAGCUGUGAGUUUUUUUGGAUUUAUUCAAAUGUUAUACAAUUUUUUUAGUGGUUCUACAAAUCGUUGGAAAAUUUUAACAGAAAAAUUAGAAAAAAAUAGUAAAAAUCAACUAAGUGUAUUAAAGUCGUUAAGUAAUACACGAUGGUCUAGUCACUUUGAUGCUUGUAAUGCUUUGAUAAAAAAUUAUAAUACCAUUAUUAAUGUAUUGGAAUUAAUUUGCGAUAGUAAUAUUGAAAAUGGUGAUACUAGACGUGAUGCAAAAAUUUUAUUAAAAUCUAUAUUAAAAAAAGAAACCGGAUAUUUGGCUAUUUUAUGGAAUGAUAUAUUAGAACGGACCAAUAAAACAUCUGUUGAACUUCAAAGUAAAAUGAUUGAUCCAUUAAAAGCAUUUAACCUACUUAUAUCUUUGAAAAAUUAUGUGGCUAGUUUAAGAGAUUUGUAUAACACUUAUGAAAAUCAAACUACAAAACUAAGUUUAAAAUUAAAAAAACAUUUUAAAAAUGAAGAUAAUGAAAGACAAAUUAAAAGAAAGUGUACAAGUGGAUCUCAAAAUUCAACUCAGUUAAAAGGUAUUGACAAAUUUAGAGUAGAAACACAUAUUAUGAUUGUAAAUAAGUUUGUAACAGAAUUAGAUAAAAGGAUAACUGCAUAUAACUAUGUAUCUCAGCAUUUUUUAUUUAUCACUAAGUUAAAUAUCCAGCCAGAUAAUGAUAUUAACUUAAGCUUGGACAAUUUCAUUACUAUAUAUAAAUAUGACAUAGAACCUUCUAUAAAAAAUGAGUUGGUUCAAUUUAGAGAGUAUUGGGAUCUCAGUAAACCGCCAUUUGAUGCUUCAAAUGUGCAUAAAAUAUUAGAAUGGGUGUUACCAGCAUUAAUUGUGAUUUAA